AUGUUGAGGAAUGGAGAGACUGGUGAUUGGAUUGGAACUUUUCAAGGACAUAAAGGUGCUGUGUGGUGUUGUUGCCUGGAUAAACAUGCAAUGCGUGCUGCCUCUGCAUCGGCUGAUUUCUCUGCGAAAAUAUGGGAUGCAUUGACCGGGGACGAGUUGCAUUCAUUUGAGCACAAGCACAUAGUCCGUGCUUGUGCCUUUUCAGAGGAUACCCACCUUCUGCUAACUGGAGGAAUGGAAAAAGUUCUUCGCAUAUAUGAUCUAAAUAGGCCAGAUGCACUUCCCAGGGAAAUCGAAAAGUCUCCUGGUUCUGCCCGUGCCACUGCACAUCAGAAGUACGAUAUAUUGGGCUUUCAAUCGAAGCCCGUCUAA